CAAAAGAUGGCGGCCUACACAAACUAUUGAACUUGGAUACCAGAUAAAUGGAGUGUCAGGAGCGUUCAAGUUGAUUAAAGUGACGGUCCUAACUUAGGACUACGAGAGGAAGAUCAGAAUGACUAUGAUUCAUUUGAAAUAUCCGCACAGACGCGGAUUUUUCACUUGGGAAGAAAUGGGGUGUCUUGCCAGGUCUUUGGGGUUUCCAGACAAUGUUUUCCGUAGUAAUAUUCCGGAAAAUGAGGCAGUUAAGGAUCUUGAAGGACUUACCAUCCCGGAAUUCCACAGAAUGAUAGACUACAAAUACUUUGUGAAAGCAUUGCACAGGACCUUCAACAUGCACACAGCUGACUGGAACCAGUGUGUAGUAAAGAGAGCUGUGAGAUUGUUAGACUAUCAUGCUCUCAGCUUUGAAGAGCUGCAGGAUGUAAGGAUAGCCUACCAGGUAUACGAAGCAGGAGACAUGAAGGGAAUACUGGUAGAUGAACACAUUGUGCUCAGGGCAUUGAAGAUGUGUGGUCGUGUAAUAGCCCCACUGAAGAUGAUGCAGAGGUUAAAACACAUGAGUCAGAACUUUGACGAAAAUGGAAGGAUGCAACUCUACGAGUUUCUAGACCUCAUUUUGUGGUGUGACUUGUAUAAAGAUGUCCAAGUAGAGAGACCAAGCAAAGUAGAAGCUACUGGUAAAACUAAAUAUGGACUUUAUAAGUUGGAUGAUUUUGAAGACUUGCUGCACCACCAGGAUGAAGUCAUAGCAACACAUCUUAACCAGAAUUACUUGAAUGAGGAAUGGGAUUUUGGAAAAGAAAUCAUCAAGUCGUUAAAACAAAGCCGAGAGCCCCCUGUGAAAGCCACGGAUAAACGCAAGCAAAUGGUAAAAUUCCACAAAGGCAAAUACCAGCACCUGAAGUCAGAAGUAGUGAACGCUCAGAAGCGUGUGUAUCAUGCCAAGGCAGGGUACGUGCGACCACGCCCUAUCUCUGCCCCUGACUUGGAGAUGUAUGACCGCAUUGACCCCACCAUGGUAGCGCCCAGUAAUGACAUCAGACCACAGACUGUCUACGAAACCCUGGAACAGAUGAAGAAGGCCAGAGCUAAGAAAACUGAAACUGACAGUGCUGAAAGGCAUCCUUUGAAAGUAGACACCUACGUGAGGCCUCAUCCCUCCAUGACUGUGACAGAUAAAGACAUCAAAGACACCGAGAAUCUCAUUCAGAGUCUACAGUUUGAAAUGGAGACUCUGGAGAAUCGUUAUCAACAUUUAGUGGACACAGAUCUGGACUACCUUAUGCCAGGCUACAGAGAGAGGCUGGAAGAAAAACAAAAACCAGAACCACCUCCUCCACCCACCAAAAAACCAAAGGUGAAGAAAAAGAAGCCACCGUCAGAACAGUUCCUUCGCAAGAUGGCGUACACAGAUGUGGGCAUCCUCCCGUCUCAUGCCAGGGCCUGUGAUGCCAGAUUUAGAGGUUGGCACAAGGUGAGGACCCAAGCAGGCACCCACUACAUCUUGUCAAGUCCGUCCUAUGAGAAAUCCCCGCGAGGACUGCUCCACAGGAAACUCCAUGAAAGUGCAAUGAGGGAAAUACGCCACAUCAGAGGAGAAGCUGUGUAUCGCCAUUCAAAACGAUCUGAAGUGAAGCCUGAAAUUACCCGUGAGAAGACCAUGCUCGGAUCACAGAAGUUUCAAUCUGAGGACUCGGACUCGGAGAUUUCGCCCACUGACCAGCAUGCUCAGGUCAGCUCUGGUCAGACCACGUCUGGAGAGAGUGGCUACCGGACCAAGUCACCCAGUGUAGUGGACACUGCCUCCGAGUCCUCGGUCAGUUUCAGUGACUUCAACAUGUAUGGAGAGGUCUUGGAUGACAGGAAGAAGACCGAGGAAGAAGCUGGGGAGAUGGGGGACAUAGCAGAGAGAGGCCUCGUAUCUCACACAGAUGUGGACAGAGUAGAUACUGGUGUACACAAACUCAGGGAAAAAGUUGAUGGUACAGGAAGUACUGAUAGGGAAAAACUGCUCAUUGUGAAACUGGACAGAGACAAAUUAAUUCACAAGGCAGAGAGGGAAAAAUCUCAGCAUAAGAAAGAAUAUGAACAGUUUGAAAGACAAGAAAGAUCCUCCCCAGUAAAAACAGACAAGGAAAGACCAGUCCAUCAACCACCUGCCAAACCCAGGGCCGAGUUGCCUGUUGGAGAAUUUGUAUAUGGAAAACCAAAAAUUAUCGAAAUGAGCAAAAUGGGAAAGGUAUCAGUUCUAGAAAAUAUAUUAGAAGUCGAUGAUGAUUUUACGACUGUAGAAACUAAAUCACAUGCUACAUCAAGAGAUACAGAGAUGGAGAGUUCAGCACACCCAGUUUCUUACCCUAGACCAGUGAAGAGUUCUAGUACUGAUGAGAGGAAAUCUAAAGAAACCCACGUAGCAUUCAGCCAGACCAGCCCCAGUCAUAGGGGAGAGUCAGUCAGUCAAGCCACAUGGAGAGACUUUCACUCACAAACUACCAUUAGAGAACUUCAGAGUGGGAAAGCAUCCAGAGAUAGCGGGCUGCCUUCAUCUCUGUCUUAUGACAGCUAUCACAGACCUUCUACUGUAGCUCAAGGUAGUGGCCGCCAGCAAAGUGGAAUGACCAGGGAAUUGCUUUCAUCCUUUUCCACUGACAGGCCUUCUACGGUGUCUCAAAAAACCAGGCAGCCAAGUGGACCUACCAGUAGAGAAAGAACUAGUGGAAUGGAAGUGACAAAAAGUGUGGACAGUGGGCGAAGCACAACCAUGACAAACCAUAAGUCAGUGAGCAAGAGCCAUGACAGACACAGCGUGGCGUCCAGUCACGUCAGCUCAAAGGUCACAUCGAGAUUGCUCAGACGUGCAGAAGGGAUGGUCUCUGCUGAGUUGAGAACUAGGCUGCUCAAAAGUGCCAGUGAUAGGAGCUCCCAGGAGUAAUGUAGUUUGUAUUUAUAAUUAUUAUUAUAUUCCAGUCAACACCUGUAUUAAGCUCAGAUGAUUGGUUUAUAUUAGGAGAGUGGGGUAUGCCAUUAUACUCACUAAUUACAUCACUUAUAAGGCACAUCUAGUCCAAUGCACACAAAAAGAAAAACUGUUGAUAUUAUUUUUAAAAUUUAUUUCUGUGAUAACAGUUACAAUUGAUGGUAAAAUCACCAUUUCAUUAUUAUCUUUUUUUUUUUUCAGUUUAUUUUUGUGCUCGUAAGUGUAACUUUAAAGUUUGUCUGAUAUUAUUAGCAGUAAAAUGAGUAUAUCUGUUGUUGAUCUGCUGUCCAGUGAACAAAGGGAAUAGAUCAUCAAAUAUAAGCAAAAUGCUCAUAGACUGGGUUCCCAUACCUAGAUCGAUCUAACAGGAUCGGUCCAUCUCCAUGGGGUUUCUCGCUAAAUU